AUGUUCUCAAUUCCCAGGGUUGGUCCGAUGCGGAACGCUGUUUUUAGUGCCAGGCUUUGGCCCAGGAACGAGAACACUCGGAGGAGCGUUCAUUUUGUUGCGAAAAGCGCGAUCAGAGGUCAUACUCGGAGCGCACACACUCUGAACGGACGAACAUCUAGGAGCCCAGCACGAGAUGAUACUGGCCAGGGCGCCACGCGUUUUCGAAAUAGCUUUCCCACGGCGGAGAGACUCGGUGGCAAAAAGAGAGAAAAACGACUCUCUGAAACAUUUCGGCGGAGGAACGCGAGAACGGCGGCUCUUUGGGCCUAAAUUUGCCGUCCGGAAAAACGCGUCCGUUCCAGCCUUGGCGAUGUCGGUGCCAGGACUUCAGAUUAUGUGGAUUUAUAACAACAAAGCAGUGUGA